AUGGCGUUAGCAGUAACAGAAAGCCAGUUACCUUACGACUACUACCACGAUUUGCACCUGCCACACGAUCCUCCCCUCCACCCAGUGUAUUCACAGCCCCCCCAUACCGAGUUCUCCUGUGUGGGACGCGGGCGUGGGUACUAUGCCGAUGCGUAUCACUUCUGCUGGCGACAGCGGCUAGUCAACACAGAUCUCUGUGCCAACGGCACACUAUUUAAUGAACAGUUCCAGGUUUGCGAUCAUUUCUACAACGUGCGAUGUGGAUCUCCUUUCGAAGACUUGUGA